GCAGCGCGGUCAGAUGACCCGCCCAACCGGCUUCUGCCUAUAAAAGGUCGGGUGUUGACGUCAACGUUCUCUUCCGCCGUCGUCGCCGCCAUCCUUGGCGCGACUCGCCCCGCUCGGAUCUGCCUGGGAGAAUCCACCGCCAUCCGCCACCAUGGUGAACUUCACAGUAGAUCAGAUCCGGGCCAUCAUGGACAAGAAGGCCAACAUCCGAAACAUGUCCGUCAUCGCCCACGUGGACCACGGCAAGUCCACGCUGACGGACUCGCUGGUGUGCAAGGCUGGUAUCAUCGCCUCCGCCCGCGCCGGGGAGACCCGCUUCACCGACACCCGGAAGGACGAGCAGGAGCGAUGCAUCACCAUUAAGUCAACGGCUAUCUCCCUUUUCUAUGAGCUUUCGGAGAACGACUUGAACUUUAUCAAGCAGAGCAAGGAUGGCUCCGGCUUUCUCAUCAACCUCAUCGACUCACCUGGGCACGUAGACUUCUCCUCGGAGGUGACCGCCGCCCUCCGUGUCACCGACGGUGCCUUGGUGGUGGUGGACUGUGUGUCUGGUGUGUGUGUGCAGACGGAGACGGUGCUGCGGCAGGCCAUUGCCGAGCGCAUCAAGCCGGUGCUGAUGAUGAACAAGAUGGACCGCGCCCUGCUCGAGCUGCAGCUGGAGCCUGAGGAGCUCUACCAGACCUUCCAGCGCAUCGUGGAGAACGUCAACGUCAUCAUUUCCACCUAUGGGGAGGGCGAGAGUGGCCCCAUGGGCAACAUCAUGAUCGACCCUGUACUUGGGACUGUGGGCUUUGGGUCGGGACUCCACGGUUGGGCCUUCACCCUGAAGCAGUUUGCAGAGAUGUACGUGGCCAAGUUUGCCGCCAAGGGCGAGGGCCAGCUGGGGCCUGCUGAGCGGGCCAAGAAAGUGGAGGACAUGAUGAAGAAGCUGUGGGGUGACCGGUAUUUUGAUCCAGCCAACGGCAAGUUCAGCAAGUCCGCCACCAGUCCUGAUGGCAAGAAGCUGCCACGGACGUUCUGCCAGCUCAUCUUGGACCCUAUCUUUAAGGUAUUCGUUGCGAUCAUGAAUUUCAAGAAGGAGGAGACUGCCAAGCUGAUUGAAAAGCUGGACAUCAAGUUGGACAGUGAAGACAAAGACAAAGAAGGCAAACCACUUUUGAAGGCUGUGAUGCGCCGCUGGCUACCUGCUGGGGACGCCCUGCUGCAGAUGAUCACCAUCCACCUGCCUUCCCCCGUGACGGCCCAGAAGUACCGCUGCGAGCUCCUGUACGAGGGGCCCCCGGACGACGAGGCAGCCAUGGGCAUCAAAAGCUGUGACCCCAAAGGCCCCCUGAUGAUGUACAUUUCCAAGAUGGUGCCGACCUCCGACAAAGGUCGAUUCUAUGCCUUCGGCCGCGUAUUCUCGGGGCUGGUGUCCACGGGCCUAAAGGUCAGGAUCAUGGGACCCAACUACACACCUGGGAAGAAGGAGGACCUGUACCUGAAGCCCAUCCAGAGAACAAUCCUGAUGAUGGGCCGUUACGUGGAGCCCAUCGAAGAUGUGCCUUGUGGGAACAUUGUGGGCCUGGUGGGCGUGGACCAGUUCCUGGUGAAGACUGGCACCAUCACCACCUUCGAGCAUGCCCACAACAUGCGGGUGAUGAAGUUCAGCGUGAGCCCUGUUGUCCGGGUCGCCGUGGAGGCCAAGAAUCCGGCCGACCUGCCCAAGCUAGUGGAGGGCUUGAAACGCCUGGCCAAGUCGGACCCCAUGGUGCAGUGCAUCAUCGAGGAGUCAGGGGAGCACAUCAUCGCGGGGGCUGGCGAGCUGCACCUAGAGAUCUGUCUGAAGGACUUGGAGGAGGACCACGCGUGUAUUCCCAUCAAGAAAUCCGACCCUGUGGUGUCCUAUCGGGAGACGGUCAGUGAGGAGUCGAACGUGCUCUGCCUGUCCAAGUCCCCGAACAAGCACAACCGGCUGUACAUGAAGGCGCGGCCUUUCCCCGACGGCCUGGCCGAGGACAUUGACAAGGGCGAGGUGUCCGCCCGCCAGGAGCUCAAGCAGCGGGCCCGCUAUCUGGCCGAGAAGUACGAGUGGGACGUGGCAGAGGCCCGCAAGAUCUGGUGCUUUGGGCCCGACGGCACCGGCCCCAACGUCCUCACCGACAUCACCAAGGGUGUGCAGUACCUCAACGAGAUCAAGGACAGCGUGGUAGCUGGCUUCCAGUGGGCCACCAAAGAGGGAGCCCUGUGCGAGGAGAACAUGCGGGGCGUGCGCUUCGACGUCCACGAUGUGACCUUGCACGCGGACGCCAUCCACCGCGGCGGCGGCCAGAUCAUCCCCACUGCCCGGCGCUGUCUCUAUGCCAGCGUGUUGACCGCCCAGCCCCGUCUCAUGGAGCCGAUCUACCUUGUGGAGAUUCAGUGUCCGGAACAAGUGGUUGGUGGCAUCUAUGGUGUCCUGAACAGAAAGCGGGGUCACGUCUUCGAGGAGUCCCAGGUGGCCGGCACCCCCAUGUUUGUCGUGAAGGCCUACCUGCCUGUGAACGAGUCCUUCGGCUUCACUGCUGACCUGAGGUCCAACACCGGCGGCCAGGCCUUCCCCCAGUGCGUCUUCGACCACUGGCAGAUCCUGCCCGGGGAUCCCUUCGACAACACCAGCCGCCCCAGCCAGGUGGUAGCCGAAACACGCAAGCGCAAGGGCCUGAAGGAAGGCAUCCCAGCCCUGGACAACUUCCUGGACAAGUUGUAGGCCGCCCUCCCUGCAGCCCGCCCUCCCGGGUGGGACUCCGCACAGCCCCUGCACCCGGCUGACGAUCGACCACGUAAGCCCUCGCGUUCUUCAUGACACCUCGAGACUGUCCACAGUGACGCUCCGCCUGACGGGUUCUGGGGCCCACUCUGUGCCAUCACUCACCGUGAACACUCGAUGCCGUUUCUUUCGAUAUUUAUUUCAGGAUAUCAGAGGCAACAGAAAUGCCCUGGCAGCAGGGACUUACUUGGCCGGUGGGGGUGGGGGGGGGCGGGAUGGGACACUCAACAGUUUUUUUUUUUCCAUUUCAGAAGCUCAAAUGUCCAAACAAACAAACAAACAAACGCAUUAAGAGGUUUAUUUGGGUAAAUGGCCCGUAGUGGAUUUUCCCCCAGAAAGGGGGAAGGAACAAGCGGGUAGAUCUUUAUCUUUGGACAGAAGCUAGAAGGCAGGAAACUUUGUGCAGUGUCACCGUGAGCACCCCCAGCUGUAUUAGUGCCAUUGGAAUAAUAAAUUUGAUAUGGUGGUGACUGUG